UUCUAUUCUUUUCACCUCUAAUCAACUCUGGUUUCUUGCCCAGAAAAAGUGCAAAUUAUGGCGAUGGCGAUCUAAAAAGCUUCCGUCUUUCUCACACCUCUGCAUCCGCAUCUGCACAACAACCCCACCGGCGCCCAGCCAUGAACCACCGCCGUCAAUAUUUAUUAAUUCAACGUUUUUAGGGCAGAUUUACAAUCUCACCUUCUUCCACUUUUGCUGACCCAUCGCGCCAUGCCACGUGAUUUACCACUGGUACCUCCGCCGCCAGUGGUGGUACACCAUCACCAGCGCCCAGCCACCACGCGGGUCAUUCUCCCACCGCUCGCUGCUGCCACCGCCGCUUUCUCAGUUCUCCUGGUUCUCUCCCUCUGCCUCCGCAAAAUCCGCCGCGAGAGGACUGCCCCUGCAGACUCUAAGCCACCUCAUCGAUACUCUUACGCCGCGCUCCGCCGUGCCACCGACUCGUUCUCUCCGUCUCGUCGCCUUGGCCAGGGUGGGUUCGGUUCUGUUUUCCGCGCUACUCUCCCCAACAACAACCAAAAUGUUGCCGUUAAAGUUAUGGACUCCGGUUCUCUUCAAGGCGAGCGGGAGUUUCAGAAUGAGCUCUUAUUCGCCUCCAAGCUCGACUCCUCCCUCGUCGUCUCCGUGCUUGGAUUCUCGUCUGACAGAAAGCGCCGCCGUAUGCUCCUUGUCUACGAGCUCAUGCCCAACGGCAAUUUGCAGGACGCUCUGUUGCAUCGCAAAUGCCCCGAGCUGAUGCAGUGGAAGCAGCGACUCUCGAUUGCCUUGAAUAUCGCGAAAGGACUUGAGUAUCUUCACGGCUUGGAUCCUCCGGUGAUACAUGGAGAUAUCAAGCCCAGCAAUAUUUUGUUGGAUCAGUACUUCUCCGCCAAAAUUGCAGACUUUGGUUUAGCAAGGUUGAAAUCGUUGGAAAACCAGAUUAAUGGGGUAUCGGAAGCGACUAAAGUUGAAUUGAUAGAGGAUAACGGAUCUGUGAUGGAGACUGAGAGUGUAGCUACAGGAUUUGAGGAGUUCAAUUUGGGGGUCGAUCAGUCGCCCGAAAGUUUUGUGAGAACUGCUGGUUCUGUCACCGCGUCGCCAGAGGCUGUAGAGGUGGCGACGGCAUCACUGGAAACUGUUGGGGUUGUGGUGGCAUCACCUGAAAUGACGGAGAAAGCUAGUGUUUCAGAGUUGAAUUUUGAUAGGGCUAGUUUUGGAAGUGGGAAAGAAUUGACUGGAGGGAAGCGGAGUAGGAAAGGGUUAAGGAGCAUUUCGGGGAAGGAUUGGUGGUGGAAGCAAGAGAAUGGGGCGGCAGAAACUGGGAAAGUUAAAGAUUAUGUGAUGGAAUGGCUUGGGUCAGAGAUUAACAAGGAGAGACCAAAGAGUGACUGGAUUGCUUCAAAAGCUUCUUCAAGUAGCGAUAGGAAUGCAAAACUGGAAAAGAAAAGGAAAAAGAAUAGGAAACAAUUAGAAUGGUGGGCAUCAUUGGAUGAUGAUAAAGAAGGGAACUCGAAGAAAGAGAAGAGAAGGCCGGCAAGGGAGUGGUGGAAAGAGGAAUACUGUGAAGAGCUUGCUAGGAAGAAGAAGAAGAAGAAGAAGGGACAAUUGGGGAUGUACAAUAGUGAUGAUAAUGGUGGGGAUGACUGGUGGCCAGUGGGUGAGGAAUUAUAUUCAGAGAACAAGAAGAAGAGAAAGAGUCGAAGAAAUGGGAGUAAGAGCAGUGUUGGUAGUGUGGAUUGGUUAUGGGAUGGGCUUAGUGGUGAAUUAUGGAGGGGUCGGCAAAACAGCCUAGAUUCUCUGAGUGGAGAGAUUCCCAAGAGUGGUGGUAUUAGUAGUACACCGAGUAUGAGAGGGACUGUAUGCUACAUUGCUCCUGAGUAUGGUGGUGGUGGGGAUUUAUCAGAGAAGUGUGAUGUUUAUAGCUUUGGUGUUUUGAUGUUGGUUUUGAUUGCUGGGCGGCGCCCACUUCAGGUCACAGGCUCACCAAUGUCAGAAUUUCAGCGUGCCAAUCUUAUUUCUUGGGCACGGCAUCUUGCAAGAACUGGGAAACUUCUUGAUUUGGUUGAUCAGCGCAUACAGUCUCUGGACAGAGAACAAGCACUUUUGUGCAUUACAGUUGCAUUGCUUUGUCUGCAAAAAUCACCAAAACGCCGGCCAUUCAUGAAGGAGGUUGUGGGGAUGCUCUCUGGUGAGACAGAGCCACCCCAAUUACCAAUCGAAUUUUCCCCUUCACCACCAUCACGUUUCCCAUUCAAGUCACGUAAAAAGGCCUAGUGAGUUUCUAAAUGCUUAGAAUUUUCACCAAAUACUGUUACAUUGCAAUAUAAAUCAUUGUUGUUUUUCUGUUUCCAUCAUCGUUGACAAUCAUUCUGUAAAGAAAUUAAAAUUUUUACUUCAUAUACAAUGUUUUUUGGUUUUGUUUCACUUGCUUUGUUGUUGAUACAAGUCACAAUGGAGAUGAAUCAAAAACUGACCCCACU